GGUGCCUCUUGAGCUGAAGUCGUUCAUGCAAGAGGUGUCAAAAAUUCAGUAUCAGCUCUCCUUGGACAGCCAAAAAUCACCAGAAAACUUCCUCUUCGUCAAGGUUGAAACUUUUGAAAAGGAACUAAAAUUACCUUUUGAAAGAGCCGACAAAAGAUACUUCCCACUCGAUCCAAAAACGAACAAAGGCCUAAUUUCGGAAGUUUCCAUGGAACACGGGGUCCUUUCCUUAACAUUAAGAAGCAUACUAAAGAUUUUCAAUCAUUUCACUAUUCCAGUAGAUAUCUAUUAUAUGACAGAAAAAAGUAAUAAUUUGGCUUUCAUUUUCAACAUACAACCAGGACAGUCCCGAAAUUUGCCAUACAAGGCAGUGUAUACUACUACGGGUCAGCUGUUUUUUUCGGUUAAAAGCUACUCUGUGACCUCGGUACCUUUUGUCUGGCGCGACUUGAAUUCGAACGUGACUAUCUCAAAGACAUUAAUGUGUCGACCUAAGGAUCACCUGAACCACACCGAGCCAUUUCUAUUAUAUGUAAGCGGGAAAAUGAAACAAGUGUAUAGCGAAACGUCGACGCGUUAUACGAUGGCGAGUGUUUGUUACAACGUUUAUUUAAAACCUGUUGUCGUUUUUAAAAACUAUCUGCCCUUUAACGUCGUUUGUAUUAUCGAUAAAUUGGUUGAAGAAUACGUUAUUGAGCCAGGGGCAUACACCCAAUUACCCAACGUGCAACCCGGAACGUCCAGUAUUUGUGUUAAGAUUCCCGAUUACCUAGAAAAGGAAUGGACAUGUAAAAAUGAAUUGUUACAAAAUCCUUCAGAGUUUACUGUAUGGCAGUUCUCCAGUUACGAAAAUAUUGUAAAGGUCAACUUGGACCUUGGAAUGCACUGCAAACAGGAUGGAAGCUCCAUGAUCAUGUCCUUAUACUGUCCGUUUUGGCUGAACAACAAAACCGGGUUGACUCUUGAUUACAGAAAAUCUAAAAAGGAGAAGUCGGAAAAAGGAAGUCCUUCCAAGACGACAGAAGAUAACAUGAAUGUAAUAACACAUCCCAGUAACUACGAUGGACCAAUACUGUUUUCCUUUAAUGCGAAAAACUUUUUUGGGAAGAAAAAAGCUAGCAUUCGAGUGGACAGUGGCGAUUGGUCAGAUAAGUUCCCUCUAGACGUCGCUGGAUCCUCAGGUUACGUGGUUUGCAAAGGACAAAAUCACAUUUACAUGAUCGGAGUUCGCAAUACGCUUACAUACAACGGUUUAACAAAACAAGUAACAUUCACGCCUUAUUAUGUAAUGGUUAAUAACGCAAAGUAUGACAUAGAAUGUCGAGAAUUCGAUAGACCUGCUGACCGAUGGUUCACAGUUCCCGCAAAAUCGUGCGUACCCUUCUGGCCGAGAAGCGAAAAGGACGAUAAACUGCUAAAAUUACGAGUGGUAAACACUGAAGAGACUACGCCACCCUUCCUUAUCACUCAAACAAAUAAUAUUUUACUUCAAUUAGAUAAUAAGUAUGGAGGGAUUCAUGCUGAUAUUCAACUAACUGAAAGUUCGACAUAUAUUAACUUAAGCCCAUACGCCGAAGGCUUACCUCCUCCAAUGAUUCUGAAUCAUACCGACAAAACGAUAAGUUACUGGGAAAAGGAAACUGUUCAAAUCAGAAAACUAGAUCCGGGACAUUCAGUGUUAUUUACGUGGUCGAAUCCGCCCGGUUGUCGUGUCCUAGCUUGGGACAUUGGUAACAAGAAAGAAAUGCAAGACGAAUUACAAACGGACGGACUGAAAGAAUUCUCGCCGAUGCCGAAUUAUACAGUAUACUGGGUAUCGUUUUUAAACGGUAUGCAACGGGUAAUUCUAUUUACUCUUAACGAAGAUGUAGCUGCAGACGUUCAAUCGGCAAAGCAGUUUGAAGUCGCAGACACAGAAAUCAACGUAUCGAUUCACGGUAUCGGCCUGUCACUGGUUAACAAUGUAGCACGCCAAGAAUUGAUGUAUCUUGCAAUUGCCAACAGUGGUAUUAUCUGGGAAUAUGCCAAACUCAAAUCGAAUCGGUAUAUAGAAAUGGCUGUGCGUGAUUCCUACUUAAUGGAACGCGCAUACCAGCGUUAUUUGUCAAAAGAAAAGUGUGACACGCCGGAUUUUGGACGCGAAUUGGUCGACGAAAAGACCGAAGUCGACUUUGACACGUUAAGGAUGUUAAAACCGCAACAAAGGAAGAUGAGACGAGUAUUUCAAUACGGAUUGUGGAUUCAGAUGAAAACGAGCCCGUAUCAGCUACAGUUCCACGCUAAAGUAAACAAAGUGCAGAUAGACAACCAGCUCUUUGACUGUAUAUUUCCGAUAGUCUUGGCACCGGUACCUCCCCCAAGAACCAUGGGAGACAAUUUUCAUAGGCCAUUUAUAGAAAUGAGCGUGGUCCAAAGAGUGAUGAAAUACAGUCACAUCACUCAGUUUAAAUACUUCAAAGUUCUCAUUCAAGAAUUUCACGUGAAAGUCGAUAUAGGUUUCGUCAUCGCCUUGUUAGAUUUACUCGAAACGAACGUUGCAAAUGAAGAGGAAGAACGUAAGCAUUUUUUGGAAAGUAUAAAAUUAACCAAAGAACCCCUCAAAUCUCUAGUCGUUACCAUUUCUCAAAAGGAACAAAAGAGUUUUUAUGACGUACUGCAUUUUUCUCCUCUCAAGAUUCAUGUAAGUUUUUCACUCCAAUCGGGAAACUAUAAAGGAUUAUCGCAGCUGGACGUCGUCAACGUUCUUUUGCAAGGACUAGGUGUCACUCUGACGGAUAUGCAGGAUGUAAUUUUCAAACUAGCGUAUUUCGAAAGAAACUACACAUUUUUAUCUCAAAAUCAACUUAUAUCCGAAGUUACUUCUCACUAUUCGAAUCAAGCCAUAAAACAACUUUACGUACUCGUACUUGGACUAGAUGUCCUGGGAAAUCCGUACGGCCUAGUAUUGGGUAUUACGAAAGGUUUCGAGGACUUCUUUUACGAACCAAUUCAAGGUGCAAUCCAAGGACCUGGCGAAUUCGCCGAAGGUCUGGUACUGGGUGCCCGCAGUUUAUUUAGUCACACGGUAGGUGGUGCUGCAGGUGCCGUUUCGAGAAUCACAGGAGCCAUGGGUAAAGGUAUUGCAGCGCUCACUUUUGACAAAGAUUAUCAGCGAAGAAGAAGAGACGCCAUGACUAAAAAACCUGCCAGCGUACAAGAGGGACUCGCCAGAGGGGGAAAGGGGCUCGUUAUGGGCGUGUAUGACGGGGUGACCGGAGUAUUUACGAAACCUAUAAGCGGAGCGAAACACGACGGCGUCGAGGGUUUCUUUAAGGGUUUAGGAAAAGGUGCCAUCGGUCUCAUUACACGGCCCACUGCUGGAGUGAUCGACUUUGCCAGUGGCUCUCUUGAAGCCGUCAGAAGAGCGACAGAUUUAGAGGAAGACAUCUGCAGGAUACGACCUUCAAGGUCAUUGCCAGCUGACGGUUUUGUGCGGCCGUACAAUAUUCAGGAGGCCGAAGGAAAUAAAAUUCUGAUGGAGUUGGAAAAGGGAAAGUACUCUACGACAGACGUCUACGUGGCUCAUUUUACAAUCGAAAAAAAUCAAGUUUUGUUAUUAACAGAUAAAAGAAUCGCUCUUGCUUCUCACAGUGAAGUAUUUGGAGGAUGGCAGGCGGAAUGGGCAUUUGCAUGGUCCGACAUACCGUCGUCUGCCACCGUGCAUCCCAAGGGAGUACAGAUUCCCAUUCCUGAGGCGAAAAAGAAAAAGUUUGGCAUGUUCGGUUCUAACGGAGCCAAUAAGUUAAUUAAUGUGCAAAACGAUGCUUUAAAAGAAAAGAUCGUUAAACAAAUCGAGUAUAUGCGGGAAAAGGCUUAAUAGUAGAAGCAAAGCUCAGAUAUUAUUUUCUUAAUGCUGGCUUAUAAAUGCACAAUUUUUUAUAUGUAUGCUUUAUAGAAAAGAACACUACUUACUCCUUUACAUUUACCAGUUAAAAUAUUUCUUUUAUUAAGCUUUUAAUAUAUAUUCUAAAUACUUUAUUUACACGUUAUAUACAAGUAAAAAAUUUAAAAUAAUUAAAAUUUUACCAGUGCUCAGUUUUAAAAAUAUUAAACUUUUGUGUUUUUUCAAACUCCAAGUUACAGGAUUAUUGUAAAUGCACAUUUUUUUUCGGUUCUACAACGCAGUGAAUUUACUAUUCAUAUAUAUGCUACUCCCUCGAUUUAAUCACACAAGUAUAGGCAAGGACCUUUAUUGUGAUCUGACUUUCACCUGAUUAAAUUUCAAAAUAGCAUUGUAA